AUGGACUGUAAGCAGCUGGCAAUGAAAAUCAUUUUCUUUCAUGGUCUUGAAUCUGGCCCUGGAGCGCGCAAGCACAAAUGGCUUCAGGAGAACUAUGCGAGCGUUGCUUGUGUGGACAUGCAAAUGUCUGUGGCAGAUCCUAUGAAAAGCCACAGCUUCGCUCGCAAUGUUAUGACGAACCUGUUCUUCACAGCGCCUUGGAAUUUGCCUUCCCGCUGCAUUGAAUCGUCGCUUGAGCAAUGCUUGAGCUGCCAGAAGGAUGAAAUGGCUUCUGUUGAACAUCAGAAUGGCGUAUUGGUUGGUAGCUCAUGGGGGGGUGCAGUGGCGACUCUUGCCAUAGCCCGGGGUCUUUGGAGCGGACCAGCUGUUUUGAUCGCGCCAGCGUACUUUGCCGUCAUGGGUCGUUUUGGUGCCUACAGUCCAGAAAACGAGCCACUGGCAGUGUAUGCGGCUAUCUCGGAACGACUCAAGUCUCCUGACUACUGUGGUCAAGUGAUCGUCGUGCAUGGCACGGCAGAUGAGAGAAUUCCCAUCGACCACAGUCGGACGAUGGCAAUGGCCACGGGCAUGCGACUGUUAGAAGUUGAGGGUGCAGAUCAUUCAAUGAGGAAAACUGAGUUGCCCAGUUUCGUUGAACAGGAUUUCGAGACUGUCUUGGAGGCCGAGCAUCAGAGAAUAGACGAGGACUUGGACCGCGAGACACAAUCCUAUCUGGUGAAGAUAGAGGCUCAGGAGAAAGACUUGAAGGAGAGAAUAGAACUCCGAGCAAAGGUGGCAGAGACAAAGGACCCCGCAAAGGCGCAGCAAUUGCGUAACAUGGCAGAGUCGGUCACGCUCGCUGCAGAUGCGGCGCGGCGUACGAAGCACACUGCAAAGGCAGCAAGAAGCAGCAUCGCCCGGCAGAAGGUGGCCGCACGGAAGCGGGCUUUAGAAAAGGCAUUAGGACCAGAGCCUGCGGAAGCUGCAAGUCGUGAAAUACUUCGCAUGCAGCUUCCCAGCCAAGAGGCUUUGUCGACAAUGUCACCACAAGAAGUCCUGGCAGAGGUUUCAGCUACUGCCGCCACUUGUUUCCGAUCCCUCCAAGUUGUCGCACUGCGACCGCCGGACGAGACUGGCAGGCAAACUCCCCGUGCAAAUCGCUGCAUUGUCGCUUGUUUUCUGUCGCUGCAGUACUCGGAGGUUAGAUCCUGA